UCACAGCUUGUCAGCGCGCAGCACAGUGAGAAGGCAGACCCAGAACAGCCAGUGGGAGUCUCAGAUGAACUGGAAUGCACAGUCUCAGUCCAAUGGAAUGAGACGCGGUGGCAGCGACCCAGCCUUGAAUAAGGCAGGCGGCACAAUUACCCAGCAGUCCAAGACGAGGUCUUCUACUGUGCGAUAUAACCGAGCAACUGGACAAUCCAUGAGACUCCAGGAGAAUAACCUGCCUGCCAGCACCAGCCAAUCACAGAUCGCAAGCAUCAAACCUUCCCUCAGCCAAUCACAGACAAUUACGAAAGUCACCACUACCAAGAACAAAUCAGAAGCGCUGCGUGCGAGUGGUGCCGAGGGAUCUAUUCUUAACAUCACUCUGCAGGAGGCAGUGGAGUAUCUGUCACUCUCAGACAUCAGCCAUCAGCUGUCUGGAGCUUCAUGCAUACAGCACCAGACCUUCACUGAAGACAGAGCCAAGCAAGAGGUUUGCCGUUUGGGUGGGAUUCCAGCUCUUAUUAAGCUGCUGAAAUGUGACAAUCCACAGCUGCAACAGAUCGCUGCCGCUGCACUGCGCAACUUAGUUUUUAAAGACAACAAUAACAAGCUUGAGGUGGAACGUUGCGAAGGAAUAGAGGCCAUUCUGACCUUGCUCAGAAACACCAAGAUUAUAGAAACACAGAAACAACUCACUGGUCUGUUGUGGAAUCUGUCCUCGGCUGAUGAGCUGAAGCCAAAGCUGAUCAAGAACGCCAUGCCUCUGCUUACAGAAAGCGUUGUGGUACCUUACAACUUUUGCACUGAUCACGACACUAACAAACACACUGACCCUGAGGUCUUCUACAACACGACUGGCUGUUUAAGAAACCUCAGCUGUGCUAGUGAGCAGGAGAGGAGAUCGAUGAGGAGCCGCCCAAGACUUAUCGACUCUCUCAUGUCCUGCGUUCAGACUCAAAUGCAAAGAGGCUAUCCAGAUGACAAGUCGGUGGAAAACUGUGUCUGCAUACUUCAUAACUUGAGUUACCAGCUAGAGAAAGAGGCUCCAGAUCACUUCGAACAGUUCUCUGCUCUUGAUGAGAAACCGAAUGAGACCGCUAACAAAAAGAGCCUCUUCAGCCCCAAGAGCACCAAGACCCAAAAGGAGUUCAACUUUCCAGCCAUGGCGAAGGAAGAUCCUGAAGGAGUGGAUUGGCUGUACAACCAAAAGUCGCUGCAGAUGUAUUUGUCUCUGCUGGGCUUAAGUCAGAACGAGGGCACUCUGGAGGCAUGCUGUGGAGCCCUGCAGAACCUGACCGCUUCAAAGAGCUAUUUGUCCACUCUGAUAAGUCAAAGCAUCAUACAGAAGCCGCAUGGCCUGUCUGACAUUUCACACCUGCUGAUAUCAGGAAACCCGGGCCUGCAGAAGACCGCCAUGUCCUUAGUGGGCAACAUGUCCCGGGUGUCAUCUCUACAGGGUAUUAUGGCCAAGGAAAUUCUUCCCAACGUCAGUGCUGUUCUGUCGGCUGUGACGCCGAACAUGGGUAAGUCUGACAGCACCAUCGCUACAGCGUGCCGUGUGAUGAACACACUCAUGCUGGCAGAGCCCGGCACUGGCAAGAAGAUGAUCAAAACCAAACUCGUCGACUCUCUGAGCAUGCUGAGCUCAAAUUUAUUUUUUGACUCAGCCAGAAAAUCUGCUGGAAUUCUUCUCCGGAGUAUGUGGGGACAAAAAGACAUCCAGAAUGCGCUGAAAAAGGAAGGGAUGAACAAGGACAUGUUUAUAAAUGCCAACACUGCUUCAGCAUACGAGGAAGCAACAGGCAUGAAUGUACACUGAGAGACGUGCAAUUUUGUAGUGCUGCAGGAAGCCACAGAGUUUCAGAGAACUGCCCUGCUUUCAUAUAUUGCAGGACUUUAUGGUUAUAUGCGGUACAUAUUGUAGAUUUAAUGGGAUUCCUGCAAAUUGUUUGCAAAAAAAAAAAAAAAAGAGUUGUUUAAGGACACUUAAAAAAAAAAAGUCCCUUAAAGUAUGAUAAAGGGUUUGUGUGAUGCUAUAUUCCAUAUGCUUUAUGUGAAGAACAGACCAAAAAUGUACCAAAAGUAAAUAUCCUUUCAGAUCUCUUCAGUGCAGUGGUUCACAAGACUGCGACUGAUUCGUUCAUGAAUUGGACUGAUCUGGAAUUUAGCACACAAUUCAUUUGGAUGGUUUUUAUGAUAUUUUAAUGGCGCUUUUCUAUCGUUUUUAAACUUGAAAUCCACUGAUGGAGGAAUAAUCAAUCGCCCGUUUUUCUUUCUGGGAUUACCGGCUGAUGCGGCUGCUGUACUGCUAGUGCAGGCCUGUUUAGUGCCUAAUACACAGAUAUGCAUAUACUGUAUCUAUCAUGGGAAAGAGUUUGUACACUUAUGCUUGACAAACUUGCACUACUGGUCCUGCAGAGUAAUA